UGCCUACGUUCGCUCUUCCUCUUCCAAAUCGAUCCAAAUCAAUCCAAAAGCGCGUUGCUAGCUGCGAUCGCGCGGACUGAUUUGACUGUGAUUAGUUGCGCUGCGAUUUGUAUUCCAUUAUUAAAGGAUGACAUCUGUGAGCAGUACGGAUCUAAAAAGCUACUCGGACUAUCUUGUAGCAGCUUACAAGAUGCAGAGGCAGAAGGCUCUUCACGAAAAGACUGUAGCAGAAGUUGAGGAUAGGGUACUCAAGCAAGUAGAAGACGUGGCAGCACUUGAACGUGAAGUAGUGCGAAUUGAAUGGGAGCUUGAACACGACGACAAGUGGAAUAGUCGAAGAGAGGCUGUGGCCGAAAUGAGACAGAUUAGUAAGCUUCCCAUGGUUCUAGACGGACUGCUUGAUUUGAAAGGCAAACUAGAGGGCACUAUUGCAAAGGCCAAAAUUGAGUUCGAAAAUACUGCAAAUCGGAAGCAAGAAGAGUGGGACUCAGCACUCGUGGGAAUUAUAAAUGCAUCAGAACGGGUGCGUGCGAACCCACGCAUCACUCAGUUCUGCAAAGUGGUUGACGAACUACUGGCAAUGGAGAGUACGCUGGAGGGGCUGCUCACGGAAUGUGACAACUUAAGACACAGAGUGGCUGCACUGAUGCCAAUGGCAGCACUUUGGGCAGCUGAAGGGAGCUGAAAUCCACGGUGACAUGUACAGACGUUAGAGGAAGGACCAGCUAUGCAGUGUGAUUCUUCGUGUAGCUUCCAACUCAUUUUCCUGUUAUAUUUUUCAACACUGUUUGCAAGUCAAGCAGUAACUUGAAUAAAAAGGUUGUACGAGCUCA